UGAUUUAAGUGGCUUUUGAGCUUCCAGACUGGUCCAGAAGGAUUAGGAAAGGUGAGUCCUUUCCUACCAAAAAAAAUGAGUGUGGGAGGAAGAAGCAACAGCAGUGUGGAGCUUGUCCAUCUCUCCUCCCUCUCACUGAACACCAGCAGUCUCGAUCCAGGAUGCUCUCUCCCCUGCGACCAGUGCCCUCAUUUUUGGCCGUGAGACUACAGUGGGCUCCAUAAACAUGUACAGAGACACAGGGGUGUGUGCCACCCCUCUCUCUCAAGCUCUUCCUCCACCCCACCUCCGUCUACCCCUCUAUAAUGGCCACUCUUCCAUGGUCGAUCCAGCCCCGUCCCGUGUCUCCGUGCCCAAAAUGGGGGUUCGAGCUCGGAUUGCUGAGUGGCCUCCUCGCAGGGCACUUUCACGAGAAUCGCUGCUCGAGAAUGGCCAGGGCAGUCAUCCGGAUGACCUCAACAGUGAGGAUGGGCUUACACAUGGAGGUGAGACCAGGUUACCACAGGGAGGUACCAGAGACGAUGACUUCCUUGAAUCAGGUCAAACGAGAGCUCCAUGCUCACCACAGAGAUUUCGGACUUCUGGGUUCGCUCCACUCCGACAGCGCUCCAACAGCGAGAUUACAUUAAGUGAGCAAGAUGAAGCAGAGGUCGAAGGCCGUUUGUUUCGGGAAUAUGGCAGUACCUCUUCCAUCAAUGUACAGGCUGUGCCUGAGCAAAGCUUCUUUGACAUGCUCAGCCAGUUUCAACAGGAGCGACCAGACCAGCGUAGCACAGCCCCCGCCAAGCUUGGAGAGCUGCUUGGUGCUUCUUUAGAGGGACCCCCCUCACACGCCUUCUUGUCGACACCUCGGCCCGAUGACCGCCCAGAGAAUUGUGUACGCAAAAAGAGUGGUGGCACGGAGUCGUCUCUUGGCACCUCCUCCUUAUUCCGCAAACUCCGCAGCUCCAGCCGGGGAGAAACAGAGACUCCACGAGGUGACUCGGAUGACACACGACUCCCCGAGACAAUGUCUUCCAUACCCUGGGUAUGUGUGCGGAGUUUUGCCCACUUUGACAUUCAGAGCGUUCUGUUUGACUUGCACGAGGCGGCAGCUCGUCGCAGCUACGCCGCCCAGCGGCGAAACACAGCCACCGGAGCUUCAGCUGCUUCUUCGGCUGCUGUUUCUUUGGCAGUUUCUAGAGCUAUUGCUCUGGGGGGAGUGGAGCCCAGCUUCUCCAGCACUGAUGACCUCAGUGUCAGGGACCUAUCGGAAGAAUCAACCCCAGGACUGGAACAUUCAGAGCAGGGUGGUUCAGCUAGCAUUAACCCCAAAUCUCAGCAACAGCUGUUGCUGAGCUGCCCACACUUCAUCAAUGAGACCGGAAGCUACAGGGAACGUAAUGUCAGCUUCCUGAGCUCAUGGGCAGAGCGAGGAGAGGCUGGCAUCGUGGAGGCCCGGCUUCGUCCACGUUGCAGUAAUGCCAGUGUGUCCAAACUGGAGGUACCGCCAGAGGUUCAAGCCACCAGGUUAGAGAGACUGCAGCAACACUGCAUCGAGCAUGUUGACCUGGGUGCCAGAUACUACCAUGAGCACUUCUAUGGGAAAGAGCACUGGAACUACUUUGGUACCGAUGAGAAGCUGGGGCCCGUGGCUCUUAGCAUUCGAAGAGAGAAACUGGAUGAUACCAAAGAUUUAAAGGACCAGUACCAGUACCGCAUCAUUUUUCGCACUAGUGAGCUGGUCACGCUACGAGGAGCGAUCCUGGAGGACGGGAUUCUGUCCACAGCAAAGCACGGAACGGUUCGUGGUUUGCCUUUAAAGGAGGUUCUGGAGUAUGUGCUGCCAGAACUUAGCGUGUCCUGCCUGCGAAUGGCUCUCAGCACACCAAAGGUCACGGAGCAGCUUCUUAAAGUGGACGAGCAGGGGCUCAGUCAGAAACACAAAGUGGGCAUCCUGCUGUGUCGAGCGGGACAGAGCACUGAGGAGGAGAUGUACAACAAUGAAGAGGCUACGCCAGCCUUCACCGCCUUCCUGGAGCUGCUGGGAGAAACUGUGUGUCUGAGGGGUUUCAACAAAUAUGCUGCCCAGCUAGACACUAAAACUGACUCAACUGGAACACACUCACUGUAUACAACCUAUCAGGACUACGAGAUCAUGUUUCACGUGUCCACCAUGCUUCCAUACAUGCCCAACAAUCCUCAACAGCUCCUGAGGAAGAGGCACAUAGGAAAUGAUAUAGUCACGAUUAUAUUCCAGGAGCCGGGAGCCCUACCGUUCACUCCACAGAAUAUUCGCUCUCACUUCCAGCACGUGUUCGUCAUUGUCCGUGUGCACAACCCUUGCUCUGACAACACCUGCUACAGUGUGGCAGUGACCCGCAUGAAGGACGUCCCUCCAUUUGGUCCGCCACUACCUUCAAGUGGCUUGACGUUCCGUGACCCAGCUGCCUUCCGUGCUUUCCUGCUGGCCAAGAUCAUCAAUGCAGAGAAUGCUGCGCACAAAUCAGAGAAGUUCCAUGCCAUGGCAACCCGCACACGCCAAGGAUACCUGCGGGACCUGGCGGAGAACUGCAUUUCCACUACGCCACUCGACACGGCUGGCAAGCUGAACAAUCUCAUCUCUCUGGCCUCCAAACGCAAGGAACGCAUCCGGGCACGGGAAGGAACGGAAAUGGGUGCCUUAGGGGCGCUUGUUUGGCGCGUAUUUGCGCAGGACUUCAGUGGCGGAGGCACCGAGCUUCCCUGUGCUCUAGCCAUCUCCAACGAGUACAUUGUCCUGGCGGACUGCUCCACCAAAGAGGUGAUAUUUAACUGUUUCUGUGCUGAUGUGAUUGGUUGGACAGCAGAGAGACUGGCACUGAAGAUUUUCUAUGGCAGAGGAGACCACGUUGCCUUACGGGUACCAGAGGGCAGUGCACAAGAUAUCAGAGAGGUGGUGCAGAGACUUAAGGCAUUGACUAUAGGUUGUGAGACAGUUGAUAUGACGUUACGACGUAAUGGUUUAGGCCAGCUUGGUUUCCAUGUGCGUCUGGCCGGAACUGUGUCUGAAGUGGAGGAAUACGGCUUUGCUUGGCAGGCGGGUCUCCGGCAGGGUAGCCGUUUGGUAGAAAUCUGCAAAGUUGCCGCUGUGAUGCUCUCCCACGAGCAGAUGAUCGACCUACUGCGGACUUCGGUCACCGUAAAAGUGGUCAUUAUUCCACCUUUUGAAGAGGGAAGGGCCCGCAGUUGUGUGUGUAGGUUUGGGUCAGUCCAGCGUUCUCUCCAGCCAUUUGAUCCACAUGUUACUGUCGAUGUCUCGAGUGGAGAAUCAUCAUCUGGUUUCACUAGCCAAGAAAGCACGAUGGAGCGCAACAAGUCAGAGCCCAUGUGGCAUGUUUCUGCUUCAUCACGAGGUGUGUCAGUGGGCUCAGCUCCGAGAAGACAGACUCGACAGGACAUUGCAGGGAAGGACUCUCCAAACCGCCACUCUAAGGGUGAGGCACACUAUUCCAGUCACUCCAGCAGUAACACCCUCUCCAGCAAUGCUUCCAGCAGUCACAGCGACGAGCGCUGGUUUGACAGCGUGGGAGGUGGGGUUUCUGGUGCCCUGAGUGACCCCUCAGACCCCGACCCUGACCCCAUGUGCAAGGGAGGGUCCAGUGACAGUGGCAUCGAUGCAUCUCUUUACACUCCAAGUCCUAACACUAAAGGAGCCAAAGCUAGCCGCAGCCUAGCAGGAACCCCCCAUAAACCUCUGCAUGGCUCUGCUACCUACAGCGGCUUGCAGGAGCUGUCCGGAGCGGCAGGAGAGGGUCGUCGCAGGGAGUCGUCACCCGUCAUUGCAUCUGUCAAUCAAAGCAAGAACUAUCGCACACGCACAUUCCCCCCUCCUGGAUCAGCCAAUGUCGACAACUUCAAACCAAGGACCUGCUACACCCCUCAAGGGUACAAGACCCCUGCUGUGGCCGAUAAACCCCGGCCUUUCAGAUCUUCAACAGUCACACCCACACCAGGCGCUGCCCAGCUGUCAAACUCCGCCCCCAAGUCAUUUAGUAAAAGCAAGAGUACAUGGCAACAGGAGGAGAACAGCACAGCAACCAGCACCACCUCCACUGACAGCAACGGCAACAAGCAGGUGGAUACAAACAGUAAGAAUGUGUUCGGACAGCCCCGGUUACGUGCCUCUCUGAGGGACCUGCGCUCACCACGCAGAUCUCACAAGAGCACCAUUGAGGACGACUUGAAAAAGCUCAUCAUCAUGGACAACCCUACAGAGGCACCAUCACGGGAUGCGUCUCCUCAUCGGACCUUGCAACGUACUUUCUCAGAUGAGAGUCUGUGCAGUGGACGGAGAGAUUCUAGUUAUGCAAGCACGCCUCUUUUUGAAGGACAAGUCCCGCCCAGUGACCUUCUCUUCACCUGCACGCUGCCUACUCGCCGCCACAACACCAAUCAUGGAGCCCUCAUGCCUAGUAAGAAAGUACCGUUGUCUACAUCAGAAUUAUCUCUAACUGAGGUGAGGGAUAAAGUUCCACCUCUCAGAAGACUGGACCCUGGACUCAUGCCCCUUCCUGACACUGCCUGUGGUCUAGAGUGGUCCAGCUUAGUAAAUGCGGCCAAAGCAUAUGAAGUGCAAAGAGCGGUUUCUUUAUUUUCAUUGUCUGAGUCUCAUGCGGGCAGCAAUGAGUUGAGACCCGUCAUCAGCCCGGUGCAUUUCCACAUGCCACAGACUCCCCGCACCACUCCUACUUUCAGCAGUGAAGAGGCUCCCAAUGACCUGUCUGGGCGUCUGUAUCAUCUGGAAGUCAUGCUGAAACAGCUGAACAGUGAUCUGGAAAAAGAGAAACAGGACAAGACAGCGUUGUUAGCAGAGAUGGCUAAUCUGAGGCAGAACAACCAGCGCCUGCAGGAGGAAUCGCACUCAGCCAGUGAACAACUCCGCAAGUUUAGCAAAAUCUUAUCCACUACCAUGCCCGAAAGGAAAUGACUGUUCCCUUUCAUCUGAGAGAAGAUGAGAGGAGGUCUUCACGUACCUGUACUUUGCCUAAUAUGGCACGUUAAGUGCCAACAGCUAAUUUAAUUCACAGUCUCUUAUUAUCCAGUGCAUUCACUGUCCUGCUCGCCCUCAUUUAGACAAGUCUGCCAGCUCGUCCUCACCACACACCAUACUGUGAGCUUUAUGAAAGUGUGACGGAGGGAAACCGAAAGAGUUUAUGUGGGUCUGCCUGAUGACUUGAGACUUUAAAGCUUUAACUUAAAGCCGGUACAGAAGUACAAAUGUCUAUUUUUAACAAACAAACAAACGCGCGCGAGUCCUACCUUGAAGCGAGCGAUCUCCUCAUCUGAUCGAACUACUUUCGGAACUAUUUUCUCAUUGUAGAUUUAUUUUUGUACUCGACGAGUCGACACGAAGCUUGAGCCAGAAAAACUGAGAGACGCUAAACAUCAGAGAGGCCUAUUUACUGCACAGUCAGCUCAACAGCCAAAAAAAAAUUAAAAAGCAACAGAAAAUCGAAACUUGAGCCACGUGAGAGGUCCUACCUUUCCCAACACGUUGCGAGAAAUCACGGUACUGUAAUUGUGAGGAAAAGUGCAGUGCUCUGGGAAUGACUCACAGAUAACAUGUCACUGUAAACUAUAAUUCUACAUCGCAUAAUCAUGUGCAGGUACAUUAAACGCUAUUCAUAUUUAUAGUGGCGAUUGUUCAAACCAUUCUCAUCUCAGCUGAUUUAUCAUCCAACCGACUUCCUAUAGGGAUCAUAGUGACUGAAACUCUGCAAUAAUGGCUCUGGAGAUCUUCACUUCUCCAGAGAUGGAGAACCGCCACCACUUCUAACAGAAAAACGUGACCAAUGAUAGCAACCACUACUAAAACUGUGAUGUUACACCCAAGUCUUUGAUCGUUUCCUCUGUGCAUGGACAUCGCUCAGUCUUUAAGUGACAGUGUCAUGUGACAGGAAAUGCCACCUGCUCUCUUAUGUAGGGUUUUGGCAUAGCACUGUGUGUAAACUUGGGCUGUUCUGUCCGAUUUCGACACUGUAUAUGUAUAUGCAAAGUCGACACUUAAGAAACCCUGUUCAGCUGUGUUCCAUACAGACUCUAUUUUUCUAUUUGUAUUUAGUUUAGGUUUAUCAGGUGAAACGACUGUUGGCAGAUGGCUGUUUUCAACUUCUAGGCAGAUCAUCGUGUUUACAUACUAAGACGAUCCGCAAAGUACUCUUCCAGAGUUAUGCGCUCUGGAAAAUCUUCAAGAGUAACUGGAAUAACAGUCAGGCUGGAUCGAAUAUGGUUUAUCAUGUACCCCAUGUUACUCUGUACAUGUCUGCCUUAAUGUGGUCAGCUUUGGCCAGUGAUGUGACUCAUAUCAGCUCUCUCCAUCCCUUUAACCUGAUGUGACUGGAAAAAUAUCUCCUCCUCUCUCAGGACCCGUAAGCUACCCUCUCAAUGACCUAAUCUACUCUGUUUAUUCACGUGAAAGCAGAAGCACGGCAACAGUCGGUUGACUUAAUUGUAUUAGUCAUCAUAGCUAUAAGUGAAAAUAUAAUGUGUCUGCUCUGCUCAGAUACACAAAAACAACUAUAUACAUGCUUAUUACAGUAACUAGCAUUGUAAAAUGCAAAGAUUUUUGUUUAUUUAUGGGGUGAGAGAUACAAAUAAGACCUGACAUCAUUCAUUGCAGUUGUUUAGUAGUGUAAUUGUACAUAUAGUGAUUUUAUUCAGCUUUGAACUGCUGAUAGCUAGCAUAACAUGUUCUCCCCACUAUAAAUUGAGGAAAAAGGAGUAGUCCACCCGAAAAUGUCAUUUAUUCACCCUCAUGUUGAUCCAGUCCUGUAUGACUUUAUUUCUUC